AUGCGUUUCACUUCGCUUGUUGCCCUCCUCCCUGCCGUCGCCCUGGCGCAGGAGCAGGUCCCCCUGGCCGACCGUGUUCAAGGAUGGUUCAACAAGGCCAAGGCCUACGUGCCAACCGCCGUCCCCGCCGCCCCCAUUGAGAAGUUGGCCGAGUCAAUCUCCGAGAAGAGUGUCACUCCGGUGACCCUUCAGAACUGGGAGUCCAUCCUGACCCCCGGCACCCAGGAGGAGGACUGGUUCAUCUUCAUCACUGGUGGUAACAAGACCUGCUUCGGUCGCUGUGAUCGCGCCGAUAAGGCCUUCAAGGAAUCCGUCCUUCUCUUCUCUGCCGAUCCUACCGCCCCCAACCUCGGUCUGCUGGACUGCGAGCAGGAGCGCGUUCUCUGCGCCGCCUGGUCCUCCGGUGCCCCCUCCGUCUACUAUUACCAGGUUCCCCAGGCCCAGGCCGCCGACCAGGAGCGCCUCCCUUCGCCCCUGCACGUUCUCUACAUGAACACCACCACCGUCACUCCCCAGGAGCUCUACGAGAUCCACUCCAAGAAGACCUUCCUGGACGUUCCCGCCUACGAGGGUGCUUUCCACCCCACCGACGGCUGGGUCGCCAAGUACAACCUCACCCUGCCCUUCGGUUACUUCAUCUACGGCAUCGGCGCCAUCCCCAGCUGGAUGUUCAUGAUCGGUAUCAGCUUCUUCAGCCGUACCUUUAUGGGCCGUCGCAUGGGCAACGUCGGCGCUAACCGUGGCCCUGCUGCUGCUCCCGCCGGCAGUGCGAACUAG